ACAAAAUAAAACUGAACACGCACUUUGUUUCCUUCUUUCCGCCUCUGAUUUCUGACACCGGUUGCUGAGCAACGAUGCGUGGUAUCCACGCAACGACGCACUCAAAGUAACGCACAAUGCAGCUCGGACUCUUACAGAAACAUACAGUGAAGGAAUGUUUUAAUCUUAACAAAUAAAGUAAAGUGGGAGCUACGUUUGGAUUCAGAUGUGGCCAUACCGCCCAGAUAAAGUUUAGUUCAGGUACCAGGUAGGGUGAGACUUAAAAUGUAUGCCCGAGCUCCGAGAGUGACCUUCAUGACCACAAGCGGCACUUCUUCCGCAGUUGGACCCGGAUCAUACGAUGUCACCGCGAGCAACUCUAAAACACCAGGUGGUUAUGCUCCAUUUCAGUCCUUGACCAGCAGACAGCCAACAUUGAGUGAGUCCUGUGAGGAGACACCAGCACCUGGGCAGUAUGACGCCUCACCUGUCCAGGUACUGUAGGUCAGAGAUAGUCAUUUACAUGCAGCUAAACAUCCAUGGUGGCCGCAGUCUCCAGAACCGCUCCAAGCGUUUUGAAGAGGUAGUGUCAAAGGCUCCAGGCCCCGGGGCCUACAAUGUGCUGCCUGCUUCAGGCCUGCUCAGGGCCGUGACGGCUGAUGCGGCGCAGACUCGGAAGCUUGGCAGAAAAAUGGCUAAAAGUCUUCGGCUGGUUUGUCAGUCAGAUGUUCCGUCCAUUCCUUCCCCGGGUCAGGCCUAUGGCUAUGAGGAAGAUACCCUGGGUGUGCUCAGAAAGCAACAGCCCCCUCCAAGGGACACAACCCUGGGGCCAGCCUACUACAAUCCACUUCUGUCAGAGAUGAGUUCUGCACAGAAGUAUAAAGGAGUCCAUUUUGGCAACAUGACAGUGAGGAGAAGUAUGGUGACGGUGGAAGAGGGACCCGGUCCAGGACACUAUAACCCUGAGAUAAACCUUGAAACACACUAUGAGAAUGUGAAUCUUCAAAAGGAGCAGAAAGGCAGAGCUGAGCUUAUCAUCCCUCGCUACCAUGAACUGGUGCCCAAGCAAGAGGAAAAGAAGAUUCUGAGGACAAGAAACUUCUUUCUGGGAAUUCCUGGUCCAGGCCAGUACCACAUCAGAAGUCAGUUUGAGGAGCCUGUGAAGUCCAGUGGUAAAAUGCCGAAGUUCACUUGCCCCUUCCUCUCUCAGACUGAGAGGUUUAGCCACGUCAAAGAAGUGUCGCCUCCUGUUGGUCUCUAUAAUGACACGCGCUGUGCCCUGCAACUGCUGAAGAAGACCAAUGGAGUGAAGAGAAUCCCAUUUGGUAUCGCCGCAGUGCGCUUCACCCAAAACCACAAAACAUGCUCCACACCAGGUCCAGGGUCCUAUAAUGUGUUUGAGCAUGGAUUAUCCCGGGAGAGUUUUAAAAAGGCAUUUUUAGAGAGAACCAAGAAGGGAGGCUUUGGCUCCAGUGCUCAACGGAACUUCAUCUUCCACAACAAAGAAUCGAUAAAGGCCCCAAGUCCUGGACAGUAUGAGACGGAAAAGAAGACAGAGGAGCGCUACAAGAAGCAGUACACAGCGGUUUUCAAGUCAGCCACAGAACGUCUGACGUCAUCUCUACUGGCUAAAGACUCCCCUCCACCCAACAGUUACAAUGUGAGUCAGACAUUUGAGAAGGCUAAUGGCCGCUCUUACUUGCAGCCCAGAAGUGAAGGAGCUAAGAGACGUCAGAGCUGCUUCCUCUCUGCUGCACCGCGGAAUAAUGUCUUCUUGCCCUGCGACCCCAGUUUUCCAGGCCCUGGUCAUUAUGAGCCCAGUGUGAAAUCAUCCCCUCAAAUGGCUCUGAUUACCUCCAAAGAAGAUCGAUUCAGAGUCUCCACGAACACCAGCCCUGGACCUGGCGCUUAUCAGUUGAGCCCAGGUAUCAUGAACACAGUAAUGAAGGGCACCUUCAAUGUGACGCUCCACAACCCUCUGGGCCCCUGCUGCUCCCCACGUGUGGCCCCUGGCUCUUUAACGGCCCACAGGACCAUUAACACUGUCACACCCAACAGCUUCGUCGCCACCAGCACUUCAUAGACUUCUUGGUGGGUCAAAGAUUAGAGGUGAAAGGCAGCAGUUAAGAGUUAAGAUACCUUCUCUUAAUCCAGCGUCGCCUAGUCAAGCAUCUGCAGUGGACCCUGCAUCUACAGCUGACGGUUCCCUCAUUCUUCACUCUCAGUAAUGACAAGCCGGACACACUGACUCAGCUGUUUUUGUGGAUUACUUUGCUAAUCAAUAAUAAUUAAAAAGCUAUUAAUGUGAAUAUUGAGGUCUUUUGAAAGUGUAUUACUCUUAAAAAAGAUACCUCGUUGGUAGGGAAUUUUAUUUUAAUACAGCAGUGAUCAAAAGAUCCAAUCUGAUAUAAACGAGACAAACAUUAAAAAUGUUGGGAAAAUUUUGCUGUACUGAUUUUAUCUAUAAUUUUACUGUACUGCUAGUUCAUAUUAAUUCAUGAAGAAGCUGAGUAAUUGGUGGCAUGGGAUCUCAUGCCUUAUGCUUUAUUCGAACUCACCAAGCUUGUGUCUUAACUUCCAGGACUGUCAGAAAUCAUGUUUUAUUUAAUGACAAUGAGGCACUUAGAAAAAAUGCUAUUAGAAUUCCGAGAGAUUUGUAGCCAUACAUUAUUGCAUAGCAUGCAUUAAUGAUGAAGUCGUUCAUUAUGUAUGGUACGUAUGGGGAAACAGGUGUGAAGGUCAUAUGGAAGCCUCCGAACUUAUGUUCUAGUUUUGUCGUACGCAGAUAAACUUUGCUCAUUAAUCAAAUUAGCCUCACCUUUUGUUUCAUAUACAUACAGACUCACAUGAUGCACAGCAUACUAUAUGGGAACACACACUCAAACCAAAAGAGGCAACUGCUUGAAGUACAUUCUGCUCAUAUAUAUACAAACAUGA